ACCACGAAAAGUUGGUUCGGUGCUGGGCUGAGGACGCGUUGGCCUGGCUGGCUUGAACUGCACUCCACAUCCCUUCCCUCCACUUUACCAGGGCUGUGGUUGUACUAGCUGAUAGCAGAAUUAACUAUUAGGCAUCUAAGCAGAUCGCUACACAGCCUCAGCACGAAGACGACCGUGAUCAUAGUUGACGAUUUGUUGCAGUGAACCUGAUCUUAUGGAGUGCCUGGCGAGGGCUCCCUCUACCUUCACCGCCUUCUUUUUUCGCAGUCAUGCGCCUGCUUGCUCCGAGUCGAGUGCCUCCAAGCUGCAUCUGCAGCAGCAGGGAGCGUCGCUCUGCCCCACAACUCUCGCUGCUGAUAAGAAGACCGCCUCGGCUCUAUCGAGCCAGGCCCUUGUGCCCGUGGGCGGAGCCGUUGUGACCGUGGCCGUGCUGGAAGGCUUUGGAAUCGGCUUCCCCUCAAACCUCCGCCCGUUUGACUCCCUCACUGCUCUCGUGGGUCGUGGAAAGGGCACCAGUAACGGCGUCGGUGCCGACUCCUCUGCUGCCGCUGCCGCCGCCGCAGCUACUGCCGCAUCUUCCGCCGCUCUCUCCGUCUCCGCUCCGGCGGCUCCUACGGCCACCGUCCAUGCCCCUGCCUCGUCGCGCGCUGCCACCACCACAACAGGCGCUUUCGCCGGCCAUCACGGCAGCAGCAGUCGGGUUACCACUGGUACGGCUAUCUCGUCCUCUCCUUUCGCCGGCUUGUCGCCGCCUUCCACUCGUGUGACGUCGUCGCUGCUGGUGUCGUUCCUCGUGAACUACUCCGUGCUCGUGUCCGACUGGUGGCAGUUCAAGCACACCGCCAGGGACCGCCUCCUCGCGUGCGUCGGCUCCCGCUGGCCGCUCGCCGCCGUCGUCGCGCACACCUCCGACCCCGUCAAGGUCGCCGCCCUCGCCGCUGCCGCCACGGCUGCGGCCGCCGCAGCUGCCGCCGCGGUUGCCGCCGCGUCUGCUGACGCAGAGCGGUUCCCGCAGCUGCAGCUCUUCCGCCAGUCGCUUCGGGGCCUGCGGUGGGGAGGUGGUGGGUCGCCGCGAGGCGGUAAGGAGGGGGGCGAAACGGAAGGAGACGACGGCGAGGCGAGCGACGGCGCGGAUGGGUCGGCUUCCGCCUCGGGAAGCGAGUCUGACGGGGAGCCGCGCGUCAACGAGCGUAAGUGGCUCGGUUUGUUGGGGGGCCGGUCUGCGCGCGGUGCCGCUGAGGACGACGCGGCGGAGGACGCGGAGGGCGCGGAUGCGGAGGAGGGCGGGCGAGGGGAGCUGGCGUCGGUGAUGCGCGACGACCUGGACCCGAGCAUGGUGUGGGGGCAGCGCCGCAUGGACCUGGACGCCGAGGACACGCGCAGGGCGUUCCUGGGCAAGCCCGGGUUCAGCUUCUCCGCCGCGGGGCUGCUCUUCCCCUACCACCUGGGCGCCACGCACUUCCUGCAGCAGCACGGAUACAUCACGGAACACACGCCCCUGGCUGGUUCGUCGGCGGGAGCCAUCGUGUGUGCGACGAUCGCGUCGGGAGUGGACCCCCGCACUGCGCUGCACCUCACCAAGCACCUCUCCGCGGACUGCCGCGCCAACGGCACGGCCUUCCGCCUCGGGAAGCUGCUGCGCGCCGUGCUGGAGGAGAUACUUCCGCCCGACGCACACCUCUCCUGCAACGGCCGCAUCCGAGUGGCGGUGACGCAGGUGUUCGGCAGCCCGCGCGGCGUGCUGGUGGACCAGUUCGACUCGCGCGCUGACCUCAUCGACGCGCUCAUCACCUCCUCCUUCGUGCCCGGGUACCUGGAGCCUCGCCCUGCCACUCGCUUCCGCAAUCGCCUCUGUGUGGACGGCGGCCUCUCGCACUUCAUGCCGCCCACCGCCAGCGACGAAACGGUGCGCAUCUGUGCGUUCCCGGCGUCGGCGCUGGGGCUGGGCGGCAUCGGCAUCUCCCCAGACCUGAACCCUCGCGAGUCGUGGAGCAUGCGGCAGCUCUUCUCGUGGGCGCUGGAGCCCGCCGAGGACGAUUUCCUGGACGAGCUCUUCGACUGCGGCUACCAGGACGCGCAAUCCUGGGCCCUCACCUACCAGCGCGCCCUGCAACCGCAACCCCUGCACGCACCUGACCUGCUCUCGCUCUCACUGCCGCUCUCUGGGGCUGCAGCAGGUGGUGUGGCGCAGGGAGGCGCGCUGAAUGCUGGAAAUGGUGCUGCUGCAGCCUAGGAAGUGGCUGUGGGUGGCAAGAGGAGUUGAGUGGGAUGGUACAUAGGAUUCAACUGGUGAACGCUUGCCUUCUAUUUCCUCUCAUCCCCACCCCCACACUCAAGCCACUGCCUAUUUACUGCUGUGUGCUAUGUGCUUGGGGCAUUGUGUGGCUGGUGCCAUCUGCCAUACCUGCUCAGUGCAACAACCCCCACUGUACAUAGCAGUAGUAGCUUUAGACCUCUGGUAGGUGUUUGUUGACUGCAAGGGAAGAGCAAAUGAGAAGAGGACCUAUGUAGGCUGAUGCGCUGAUAUCGGUCACUGGUUGUUAAAUGUCCUAAUGCAGUGGAUGAAUUUAGAAGUAAGUUGAGUGGGUAUUUUGUGU